AUGGUUUGGCAACCAAUAAAUCUGGACCAAGCAUGCCCGGGAUCAACAAAUCUAACUGCGUGCAGUUCGUUUGGGUACGUGUACUUGGACCUGCUGGUUCGACUCUUCGGUCAAACCAGCGGGAAGAGGAGACCUCCAGAGACCGAAGAGGAGAGAGAGUUUGACUUCAUCGUUGUAGGAGCCGGUUCCGCUGGAUGUGUUGUCGCCAAUCGACUCAGCGCUAUAGGAAACUGGAAAGUACUACUCCUGGAAGCAGGAGACGAACAACCAUUGGUGACCACAGUCCCGAGUCUGGCUAUAUCGCUGCUCCAGUCCAGCGUAGACUGGGCUUACCAGACUGAGCCGAACGGGAAGAGCUGCCUCGCCAGGCCGGGACAGCGCUGUAGCUGGCCGAGAGGCAAAACCAUGGGCGGGUCUAGCUCUAUAAACUCCUUAGCCUAUGUUCGAGGGAACGAGCUGGACUACGACACUUGGGCUGCGAACGGAAACACAGGCUGGAGCUAUAAAGAGGUCCUGCCUUACUUCAUCAAGUCCGAGAAGAACUUGAACAUCGCAGGUCUGAACUGGGAGUACCACGGCGUCGGCGGAGAGCAGUACGUCUCCAGAUACCCGUACGUGGACCGACCGUCCAUCAUGAUGACCGAGGCCUUCAACGAGAGGGGCGUCCCCAUCGGAGACUUCAACGGCGAGAACCAGCUCAGCACGAUGCAGUCGCAGACGUUCUCCUGCGGCGGGCAGCGCGUGUCCACCAACCGCGCCUUCAUAGAGCCCGUCCGGGACAGGCGCCACAACCUGCUCGUCAGGACCAACGCUGAAGUCCACAAGAUACUGAUCAAUGAGAACAAGCAAGCGUACGGCGUGGUCUACAAGAGGAACUGCAAAUGGCACACGGCCUACGCCAAGAAGGAGGUGAUCAUCAGCGCCGGCGCCAUCAACUCGCCCAAACUACUUAUGCUCUCGGGCAUAGGACCUAAAUACCACUUAGACGAGUUGGGCAUAGAAGUGGUCAAAGAUUUAGCCGUAGGUGAGAACCUGCACGACCACGUCACCUUCAACGGCAUAAUCGUGGCCCUGCCGAACGCGACGUCCACUAAAGUGAGCAACGACCAGCUGCUGAAAGAACUGUUUGCUUAUAAAUUGUCCCGACGCAAGAGAGGUCCGCUGGCGGCUAACGGGCCGACGAACUCCAUCGCGUUUAUAAGGACGGAGGCCGGGCUGCCGGCGCCCGACGUGCAGUACCAAGUGGACAGCGUCACUUGGCAGGAGUACAUCCGGCAGCCGACCCUCUACGAGAGCCUCACGAUAUUCCCAUCCGCCUUCUACAACGCCCUGCUGCCGAGAACGAUGAACUUGGUCCCGAAAAGUCGAGGCAAGUUGCUACUGAACCCAAAGGAUCCUCGCGGAGCCCCACUACUCUACGCAAACUAUUUCGACGACCCCACAGACUUGAUUCCGCUAGUUAAGGGAGUCAAGUUCCUCCUGACGUUGGAGAACACGAAGGCGUUCAAACGUCUCGGCGCGUACUUCGUUAAGAAACCGUUGAAAGCUUGCAAGAAUUAUACUUGGGGCACUGACGACUACAUUGUGUGUUUGGCCAGAUCUUAUACUACGAGCACGUACCAUCCGGUGGGAACGUGUAAAAUGGGCCCGAAAUGGGAUAAAAAAGCUGUUGUGGACCCACAAUUGAGAGUCUAUGGUGUUUCUGGCUUACGUGUCAUUGAUUCUUCUAUAAUGCCGUGUGCGCCGCGCGGGAACACCAACGCGCCAUCUAUUAUGAUCGGGGAGAGAGGAGUCGCUUUUGUUCUAAACUACUGGUUGAAGAAGUACAGCUAGUCGACAACAGAUGUCUCUUUAAUAAAUUUUGUAAAAAUGUUUUUUUGGCGAAAUUUAAGUUCAACAUUUUUAAUCUAAUAAUAGAGCAAA